CUCAAUCCAGCUGUCAGACGCUCAAUACCUUCACAGAACGCGAUUGAGCACGUUGUUCCGUUCCAGCUUCUGUCCGUGUCUGCUGUGUGUUUCCUUGGCCAAGUGUGUUUUGCACCGAGCGAAAGCUGUCCCACAUUUUUCUGUUUCUGCCAUAUAACUGAAGCACUGCGCAUCAAAAUGUUUUGGGGUCUGAUUUUGAAACCCGGCAAAAAAUACUACAAAGAGUUGGAACAGGAUUUCCAUCUCACCCAUGCGGCGCUCGAUCUCACCGACAGCAGCGGCGAUGUGCAGGUUAUGCUGACGACCGAAAACAUCACCUAUCUGCUGUGCACGCUUAACAAAACGAUUCCGCAGGCCGUGCUGGACCAGGAGUUUGCCAUCGGGGACAAGAUCAGCUUCGCCACCAAGGGCCAGGGUGUGGUGCAUCUUACCGGCAACGUGCUCCCGGACGGUAUGGAGGACGAGCUGGACGAUGGUGAGGAGGAAGAGGAGGAGGAGAUGGAUGAGGAAGAGGGUGUGCCGGCCACGAAUGGAAAGCCGCGUAGCGCGAAGCAGGUAGCGAAGGAUAAGGUGGCCAAAAAGAUUGCUUCGGGCGAAGUGUCGGACGAUAGCGAUGAGGACGAUGCCACAUUCACCGAGUCCAUGCUGGAGGAAAGCAUCAUGAACGGAGAAGAGGACGACGACGACGAUGACGAUGAUGAGGAUGAGGAUGGAGAAGAAGAUGAUGACGACGAUGACGACGAUGAUGACGAAGACGACGAGGAUGAAGAUGAUGAAGACGGCGACGAGGAUGACGAAGAGGAAGAGGACGAACAGCCCAAAGCUAAGCAGGCCAAACUGACCAACGACGCCAAGUCCGCGCAAAAUGGAAACGCCAAGCAGGCCGCCAAGGAAGCGGCUACCGGAGCUAAGCAGGAGCAGCAGAAAAAGGGUGCCGUUCGCACGCUCCAGGAUGGGCUGAUGGUGGAGGAUCUGAAGGUCGGAAACGGACCGGAAGCCAAACCAGGCAAAAAGAUUGCGGUGUACUACGAAGGCCGGCUGAAGUCGAACAACAAGGUGUUCGACAGCACCAGCAAGGGCCCGGGCCUGAAGUUUGCCCUCGGACGUGGCGAGGUAAUCAAGGGCUGGGAUCUGGGAGUGGCCGGAAUGAAGGUGGGAGGCAAGCGACGGCUGGUCAUCCCACACAAGCUGGCCUACGGUACGAAGGGUAGCCCGCCGGUCAUUCCGCCCUGCAGUACGCUCGUGUUUGAGGUCGAGCUGAAGAAGGUUUUCUAAGUGCCGGUGAAGUAGCAGCGGGUUUAUUUUUAAGCAAAUAUCCAUAAAUAAUCUUGUAAAAUCCAUUAUUUCUCCAAUAAAAAAAAUCACAACAAACGGGCAGCAUUAAGCGUGUGCUGCUCGGUAUGUAAACACAACAGUA